AUGGCUGAAGGGACGGUCCAGUCUAUUUCGAGGCCCGUAAGUAGAGUAUUUUUUAUUUACCAAACUAUCCGAAUUUGCUAAAUUGUAGGAGGUUCCAUUUGCUGCUGUUAUCCCUGGCGGUGUAUUUCCUGGUCGGGCAGUGCUUGUUCGAGGUCAUGUGAAUGAUUGUAGGUUCAGUUUCUAAUUCUAGUUUGAGUGUUCAGCAAGCAGUCGUUUCAAUAUCGACUUUUGUUGUGGACACGUUGCUUAUGGUGAUCAUCGAGAUGAUAAGGCUCUUCAUUUCGAUGCUCGUUUUGAUCCACAGAGUGCAUGGUAACUUUCUUUAAUUAUGCAGACGACAUUUCUGGAUUUAGGCCGUUUAAAAAACCGGAUCGGGAUAUUGUUUUAAAUAGUCUGAUUAACAAUGUUUGGGGUCUUGAACACCGUGUUUCGAAUCCUCUGACUGUAAACGAACAUUUCACUUUGCGGAUUUUGGUAUUACGAGAUUACUAUAAGGUAAGUCCUACAUUACGUCAAGAGUUCUAUCUCUUAGUUUACAUUGAAUGGAAAAUUUUUAUGCGACUUUGUACAUCGUAUCCCGGUCGACAGAAUUGUUCUCCUUUAUAUUGCAGGAUGUCUGAGGAUUGAUGAAAUUCAAUAUCAGGGCGCUGUAAGAGUUUUUAACCUUUCACCGGUCUCGUUUGUUUAGCUUCAAAUAAACGACCUGGAUUCGCCUCAAUUAAACAGAACUGGAGAGCCAGUUUCAGUCAGUAAGCCAGUAAGUAAUAUUCUGAAGGUGUUUGGAAAUCGUUUAGGAAAUUCCAUUUGUUCACAUUCUGGAUGGGUUUGCACCUCCGAAGAGGAUUAAGAUUACCGGGACGCCCAAAAUGAAUUCUGAUCGAUUUGAGUUUGAUCUGAUGAACGACAAGGAAGAAUAUGUUUUUCACUUUCGGGUUGAUCUUCCAUCGAACAGGGCUCCAAGAGUAGGUUAUGCGCCUCUUAUUAGUUGUGGAUUUAGGGUGCGGUUGUCCGCAACUCGACAAAACGAGACGAAUGGCAGGAGGAAGAAAGAGAUAUCCCUUCUUUUCCGUUCAAAUUUGGCCACACUUUUGACCUCAUCUUAAUCGCCCGUAUGGAUUCCGUCGAGGUUUGUUCGUUCUUUAGAUUUCAUCUUACUUUUAGGUCGUGGUUGAUGGUCUUCCUUUCUGCACGUUUCAUUACCGUUUCCCUCAGACGGGUGGCAGCAUCAAAUCUUUCAAGAUUUACGGGGACAUUGUUGUUCAGAACGUUGAAUUCCAAUGA